GCUAGUAUCGACUUACUCUCAGCCUGUUGCUUACUGUCAACCCGGUAAUCGAUCAAUAUACAAUACGACCACAAUAUUUUAGAAGAGAUAAAAGGAGGAAUAAGAGUCAUGUCAGACUCGAAUGUGAUCCAGCUCCUCGACUCGAUAUCGCACAGGCUCAUAACAGCCACUAGCCUUGCCCAUGUGCCCAAGAAGCCUCAAGAUACGCAACUGACGGCGACUAUUGCAGAUCUGCAUGUCCACCCCACAAUCGAAGCUCUCCUACAUAUUCUGAACCACGACCUGCCGUCUGCACACUUUCUUGUUCGACACAUGCAAGCCCCGCCGGCUGUGGAGGGGAUGCUGCUCCAUGGCAUCCUGCACCGGGCUGAAGGCGAUUUCAACAAUGCAUGGGCAUGGAUAAGCGACGUCUCGGACGCGUGUGAAGGUUACCAGCCCAAACACAAGGACGAAGGCCAGAAACUGGAUCCCGAGGUUGCCAAACAAGUCGGCAGCAACUCGCAGAUAUCUGGUUCACUUAUCAAUUUCGUUUAUGGUGACGAUGACGACGCCGGAGAUCUCAUUGAUGCUGUUGAGGCUUUCCGAAAACAAAAACACGGCCAUAUGAGAGAGGAGGAAGAGAGGACGAUUGAGAAGAGAAUCAGAGCAGAGGCGGAGAAAGUGCUGGAUUGGUGCAAGAACAAAUUUGGUAGUGGGGUAUGGCAGGAUGCGACGAAGGCUUGGGUCAAGAAUAGCGAGGAGAUUAGCAAAAUUAGUAGAAGUAUGGUGAGUGAUGGGAAGGGGUAUAGGGACUUUUAAUUUCAAAGGUGCAUGAUUGUCCCGGUAUAGAUGACUAAUUUCGAACUGAAAAUAAUUUUCUUCCGACGCAGUACUAAUUCGCAAGAAGGGUUUCCAAGUUUUGGUGCCAAAGAAGCUUUCUUAAAAUCUUCUUCUUGUUUAACUACUGCACCAAUUUUUGAGAGACAAAAAAUACUGUAUCUAGCCACUUUAGAUAGCCUGUAGCAGCUAACACAACAACUAUGAAAUAGAGUAGGUAGUACUGUCCAUACCAGACAUUUAACACGUGACAUGAUCGUAAUACCGAGCACAGCUAGUAUCCCGCCGGUGCCAAGACUAACAAGCUGAUCAUGCCCUCAUCCUGGCGACGUGACCCCCCC